AUGUACGAAGGGAUUGACAACCUGAAAUCCCUUUACGACCGUGCUGGGAAGACUUUCUCCAGCGGUCUUUCUGCGGCACAGGAUGUGCCGCGUCGUACUGCUCAACCAGACCCAGUACGUCAAUCAUCAGUUGGGAGCGGGUAUCCCAAGUAUGCCAGGACGGGGGAUAACCGCGCCACCAGACGAGGUAACUCGUCCGACGUCCGUUCACAUCGCGGUGGUUCAACAGCCGCUCAACCAGAUAGCGCUGGCCACCGCGAGAGUCCUCCAAUGGAGGUGGAAGAGGAGGGAAACGCUGUCCAAACUAUCGUGGCGAAGCGUGUUACUCCGAGAGCCUCUUUGAUCGCGUAA